UCCUCCUCCCAGGCCCCAGCGCGUACCACUCUGGGGCUCCCGAGGCGGCCUCUCGUGCGAUCAAGGGCGUGCAGGGCUUGGGGAGCGACCUGAGGCCCUUGCUCUGGGCGCCGGAGUUCGGAAGAGGAAGGGUCGCCGCCGCCCGAGAGCAAGAACGCGAGAGGAGCCGGAGGAAGGAGCGCUCGCUCGCCGGCCGCCUUGCUGCCUCCCCGGCGCUCGCUCUCCGGGCUCCUAGGUUUGCUGGCUGCUCCUCCCACCCGCGCCCGCCUCUUUGCUCUCUCACUCGCUCGCUCCAGCCGGUUUCCAAGCCCGGCGGUGCGCCCGAGCGAGUGCGGGGCGAGGGGCCCCAGGGCCAGCGCCGAGCCGGGGGCGGGGGUCCGGGCAGAGCGCAGCCGGCCGGGAGGGGCCAUGUCCGGCGCGGGCGCAGCGGGGCCCGCCUUCAGCAAGUGACCGAGCGGCGUGGACGGCCGCCUGCCCCCCUCCGCCACCUGGGGCGGCGCGGGGCCCGGUGCCGGGUGCCCGGAGCCCGGGUCGCGCGUAGAGCCGGCGCGAUGCACGUGCGCUCGCUGCGCGCCGCGGCGCCCCACAGCUUCGUGGCGCUCUGGGCGCCCCUGUUCCUUCUGCGCUCCGCCCUGGCCGACUUCAGCUUGGACAACGAGGUGCACUCGAGCUUCAUCCACAGGCGCCUCCGCAGCCAGGAGCGGCGGGAGAUGCAGCGCGAGAUCCUCUCCAUCUUGGGCUUGCCCCAUCGCCCGCGCCCCCACCUCCAGGGCAAGCACAACUCGGCGCCCAUGUUCAUGCUGGACCUAUACAAUGCCAUGGCGGUCGAGGAGGGCGGCGGGCCCGACGGCCAGGGCUUCUCCUACCCCUACAAGGCUGUCUUCAGUACCCAGGGCCCCCCUCUGGCCAGCCUGCAAGAUAGCCACUUCCUCACCGACGCCGACAUGGUCAUGAGUUUCGUCAACCUCGUGGAGCACGACAAAGAGUUCUUCCAUCCGCGCUACCACCACCGGGAGUUCCGGUUUGACCUUUCCAAGAUCCCAGAAGGGGAAGCCGUGACGGCCGCCGAAUUUCGGAUCUACAAGGACUACAUCCGGGAACACUUCCACAAUGAGACGUUCCGGAUCAGCGUUUACCAGGUUCUGCAGGAGCACCUGGGCAGGGAGUCGGACCUGUUCCUGCUGGACAGCCGCACCCUCUGGGCCUCAGAGGAGGGCUGGCUGGUGUUCGACAUCACGGCCACCAGCAACCACUGGGUGGUCAACCCACGGCACAACCUGGGCCUGCAGCUGUCUGUGGAGACUCUGGAUGGACAGAGCAUCAACCCCAAGUUGGCGGGCCUGAUCGGGCGGCACGGGCCCCAGAACAAGCAGCCCUUCAUGGUGGCCUUCUUCAAGGCCACUGAGGUCCACCUCCGCAGCACCCGCUCCACGGGGGGCAAGCAGCGCAGCCAGAACCGCUCCAAGACGUCCAAGAACCAGGAAGCCCUGCGCGUGGCCAACGUCGCAGAAAACAGCAGCAGUGACCAGAGGCAGGCCUGUAAGAAGCAUGAGCUGUACGUCAGCUUCCGAGACCUGGGCUGGCAGGACUGGAUCAUCGCGCCCGAAGGCUACGCCGCCUACUACUGCGAGGGGGAGUGCGCCUUCCCUCUGAACUCCUACAUGAAUGCCACCAACCACGCCAUUGUGCAGACACUGGUUCACUUCAUCAACCCGGAAACGGUGCCUAAGCCCUGCUGUGCUCCGACUCAGCUCAAUGCCAUCUCCGUCCUCUACUUCGAUGACAGCUCCAACGUCAUCCUGAAGAAAUACAGAAACAUGGUGGUCCGGGCCUGUGGCUGCCACUAGCCCCUCCUGGAAUCAGACCCCUCGGGGCCACGUUUUUCUGGAUCCUGGGUCUCUCGCCACCCAGCGCCUCCCACCGCCUGGGCGAGGAGCCAGCAGACCAACUGCCUUUUGCGAGACCUUCCCGUUCCCCGCCCCAACUUGACCGGUGUAGGAGUGUUAAGGAAUCCGAGAGGCAAAUGGCUUUUGAUCAGUUUUUCGUCAGCCUCCUACGGACAAGAUCCUACAAGCUGCUGCAGGCGAAACCUAACAGGAAAAAAUACAAAGAAAAACGGCCCAGCCGCGAUCAUUGGCUGAGAAGUGUCAGCCGUGCACCGACUCGUUCCCAGGGGUAACUAUGAGCGCCCUUCAGCCAGGCCACCAGCAGCGGGAGGAAAGGGGGCGCGGCCAGGGGUGGGCACGUCGGUGUCUCCACGAAAGGAAGGCUAACGCGGAAGUUCCUGUAAUAAAUGUCACAAUAAAACGAAUGAAUGAAAAUGGUUAGGAUGUUACAGAUAUAUUUUCCUAAACAGUUUAUCCCCAUUUCUUGGUUUACUCCGAUUUCAUAAACAGAAGCUGCGGCCAGUGGCGGGAGGGGAGGUUUCCUCUCCGUUCCAUUCGGUUUCAUUCUGAGGCAUGUGAGGCCCACUGUUUACGCAGACUCGCCCCAAACCCGAGAUUUGGCUGGGAGGGGAGAGGGAAAUGUUCGGCUUGGAGCUGGGAGGGUGUUGACCUUGAAGGAAAAAUCAUCUUUCAGCGGGGUGUGCGGUGGCAGAAAUUCUGACAGCCACGUGAAGCACCGGCAGAUGCUUGGAAUUGGCUUUCCAACCCCUCCCGCGCCCCCGCCCCCGCCCCUUGGUCGGGAGCCAGUGAGAGGUGGCAGAGUGGGGGAGGACGGCACUCAGGACAGAACCUGCAACUUGACCCUGAGUUCUGGCCGGCACAGCCCUACUGAGAGAAGCACCAAGGAAACCCAGCUCUCAACAGGGGUAGGUGGGCAGAGGGGGCUGUCAUCCCCCAAAUGUGCUCCUCUGUUGGUCACUGACAUCAGCGUCCCAGAGUCUGGAUUCUGACGAGGGCCUCCGUGGUCAGCUCCCUUCAUCUGCAGGCCCUCAUCAAAGGGCCGUGCGAAAGGAUCAGCCCCUUAACCAGGGGAGGAUGACGCAGAGGGAGGUCUGCUGUGAACAGGGUGUGUGGGGUGUGACCCUCACAUGGAAGGGUCCACAAGCUGUUUUGAGAGUGACAUUCUAAUCAGAUGUCCUGACUUGAAGGUGCCAUUUCUGACGUGGCUUUAUCAUAAGCCUCCCUUGCCUUGGCUGGUGGGUCCCCGAAAUGGUGUGCCCCACCCCCACCUCCAUCUGUACUGCAGGCCCUGGAGAUGACCAGGAUGUCUGUGAACAAAGAACAGGGUUAUCCAGCUGAGGCCUGAGGCCCCUGGAAUCUGGUCCUAGUUUCUCCAUGUUGAUUAAGUUGGUUCCUGAAAACACAGGGGCCCUGUUUUAAUUUUCUUUUAUUUUUUCUUCUUCAGUAGCUUGGGCUGCAGCCUUCACUCUGCCUGGUCAGUGGGGAGGAGUCUCCGUUUUUGUUAUAUUUUGUUUUCUCUGUUGGUGGAUCUGGGGAUUUUGGUGUGAUUCCCUCUUGGUGCAAGUUUCCUCACCACGUAUGCCCCAACUGGCCUCUGGCUAGCAUCAUUUGUACAUUGAAACAUGUAAAUAGUUGUUACAAAACAAAGAAAUUAUUUAUGUCCAUCUGAAGCUCGCUUUAGACCCUCUCCAGCCCCUUGUUCGGGAUGAUGCGCUCACGUCCCUCCAACCUGUUUAUUUUCUUAUUUAAGACUAUUUAUUGAUGGUCAGACUCAUGGACCUUCAGCUGUUGCAUAGAGCAGUCCUCAGAGAAAAUGCUGUACAAAUAGACAAAAUGAAAAGGGUUUUGACUUUGCAAUAAAAGGAGACAUUUGGUUCUGGU